CCACGAAUAUUGUCGCUGUGACGUUUCAGUCGUAAUUUUCUUAAGUCAAGUCCACACGUCAUGCUUUUUGAAAAACGCCGCCUGCUCGCAAUAAAAACUCAGCAUCGCACUUCCAUUUUACACAAGUUUGUUUUUCUCUGGAAAGGCAAAAAAAAAAGAAACGAAUCAAUAAGAUCAUGAGGAAGUUGAUUGGCAGAAAGCUUUUUCCGAGUAUUCCGACCACCAGUUUGGAAGAAAGAACAAAGCGGAAAGUGCUGGAAGAUAACUACUGGGAUUGCAGUGUUUGUACGUACAGAAAUAAUGCCGAAGCAUUCAAGUGCCUGAUGUGCGACAUAAGGAAAGGAACUUCCACUAGGAAGCCGAGAAUAAAUCCGCAGCUGGUGGCACAACAAGUGGCUCAACAGUUCACACCGGCAGCACCAAAAAUUAAAAAGGAAGGUGGCAAGUCAGACAAGAAAACUUCAGAUAAAUAUUCCAAGAAGGGUAAACUCCUAUCGAGACUGAAGAAUGUGGAUCGCAGUAGUGCGCAACAUCGCGAGGUGACAGUGAACAAUGUGACUGUGAUUAUCACCGAGUACAAACCAAAACUGGUCAACUCGGACCAGUCGGGACAGUCUAGUAGUGCGUCGUCUGAAAUGAGUCACUCGGAAUCAAGCACGGACGCGCGCAGCAACGAUCUGGGCACUGACUCGCGAAGCUCAUAACAACCACAGCUCAAUUAAUUUCAAGGCAAAACUGCUAUUCAUUAAAAAUACACAUUUCUUCGAUUUAAUACACUCUGCUUUUGGACCAGUCGUGGGGCCUCAACUAUUUAAUUAGAAGAGUUAGAAUUUUUCCGAAUGAUUAUCAAAUUCACUGCCAGGUAGUCGAUAAAUUAAAUAUUUAUAAAAUUUCAAACGAGACUCGCGGCUCCUCCAAGCUUUUAAAUAUUCCGCUGUGUGCAAAGACUGCGAAUACUCUCCACUGUCUUGUCUCAUCUUCAAGAAUGCAAACAGCUAAAAGCAGGCGUGUGCCAUCUUGUUGUUCCACUGAGUGUAUCAUAGUGCUAAAAUUUAGUUCCUCUCACAUUGUGUGCGUUGGUCGAGAUUUUUAUUUUUACAAAUAGAAUUGUACGUUUUGCGUAUGUCAAGUUUGUUUGUUUGAUUUAAUUUUUAGAAAGUGUAAAGAGGUGGUAAUUAAAUUUGGAUCAUUAUCCCUGUUAGGUAAAUAAACUAAACACCUGGAAAAAAUUUCAUUUCUCCAAACGAGCAGUUCGCUCGAAAUUCAACUCAACUCAGGACAAAAACCACUAAAAAUCAUUUUAGCGUUAUAUACGUAAUUACUCUCAUAUUUUUUUUAUUAUCUCUGCUCAUUGUCAUUAUUUGUAAUGAAUCUAGUUACAAUAGCUUGCAUUUGCAUUUUUUUCCACACCACCUUAAGGAGGGAGCGCGCAUGAAAGGGAGGCUGAAAAAUGCUGUUAUUGUUGGUUACCAAUUUCGGGAGAAGGGAGCGAAUGAACGAAUUUUGUUAUUAAGAGUUGCCAUUUUUCGUCCUCACUGAGGAGUUUGUGCGAUGUGUAAAAAAAUAUGUAAAAAAUUGCAUGUUGAUUCUUGUCAAAAUUCCAAUAGAGUGCAUUUAAAAAAAGCAACAAGGAAAAGGAAUGCUGUACGAAGAGGUGGUUGGAGGGGUAAAUUAUUUCAUGUGAAAUGCAUUGAUACUGGUAUUUUCUUGUUUCUGCGUUUUAAUCAGCCGUCAUUUGAAGCAUUGACGAAUAUUUUUAUUAGGAUUAAAACUCAUGUAUUCAU